AUGUGGAAUACAUCGAAGGUGUUUGAGGAAGGACAGAAGAAGCAUAGAAAUACGAAUAUCCUCAGCAAAGGCGGCGAAGGAGUCGGAAUAUUGCAGCAACAAGAGACUAUAAUUGGUGAUAAAAAGAAUCAACAGGAGAAGGAUAUCAAUGAUGAUGCAGCCCAAAGGAGUUCUCGCGGCUUUCAUCAAGAAAAUGUGAAUGUGGGGACGAGGACAAGGAACCACACG